AUGCAUCUAGGUCAUUUGGAAUUCGUUGUUAUGAACAUGCCAAUUCUGGAUCGCAACUGUUGCGAUUGGGCUACGGACAUGAAAGGGGCAACUCUCACACCUCCCGAUCCCACCAGCUACAGAAGCAGACUCAAGGCCAAUGCAAGCAACAAGUUCAAGUCAUCUCUGGCGAAGUUAGCUUCUCCAGGUGGAAGCGCUUCCACUGUUUAUCGGGGAGGUGGAUCUCAACGAGAUUUGGAUGCAAAAGAGGCUCGACAUGUCCUGACCAAAGUCAAAGAUGAGUUCCGAAUGCUUCUCCGCCAAAAGCUGGGUGCAUCGCAGAACAACAAGAAGGAACCAUGUCCCAAAGAGGUGUUCGAAGGGCUUGGUCAGAUGAAGGGAAAGGACAACGGCAAUUUGAGCCGAGAGCUGGUCAAAAACGUACUUAGCAAAUUUAUGCACGAGUUCACGCCAGAGGCUGUGAACAAACUUGCUGGCGUAGUUGUUCCGGACCAGGAGGCAGAGCUCAAUCCGCCGUCGCGCGAGGAGGCCUGCCAGGAGUCUUCGUCUUGGCGAAGCCGGGGCUGGGACGACCGUGAAUACUCAGGCUGGCACGACUCCGGAUCCUGGAGCUGGAGGGGCGGCUGGGACAGUGGCUGUUCAGAUUGGAAUUGGGGGCAGAGCAUAAGCAACAGAGCGAAGAACAAGGCCGAAGGAGAUGGCUUUGUUGAGGAUUGGGGACGAGGAUGGGCUGCGGCUUCCGGGGAAAGCACUACACCAGCGAAUGAGAGGUCGCUCAGCAAGUCUCCGGAUUGGAAUGCCCAGAGGAUAAUGGAGGCUACUAGUACCCUGCAGUACAUGCGAGAAUCCGGUGAAUGCCAAAUUGCCGGAUUCACGGGGAGGCAAGGAAAGGCUGUCCAAGUCCUACUAUGCCAAGCCGCUGAAGAGGCCAGACUGGCCACAAUUGGAGCGAUCGCCCAGGAGCUGCUGAAACCUCUGCGCACAGAUCGAGAUGAGGACAACUGCAUGCAGCAGCUGCAAGCCAAGGCCGAACAACUGGAGACAACCGCCGAACAACUGGAGACAACCGUUGACGAGGAAGUCGCCGCAGCAGAAGCAAAAACGACAGGCGACCAGCAUCAGGUCCAAAAGCAAAAAAGAUUGGUUGGAGAAGAACGCACAGCCGUGGAAGAGGGAUGGAAGAAACCCCGGCUUGGAGCGUGUGCGAAGUGUCGAGUGCGAGGCGCAAGCACCUGGUAUUCGCCGUGCGGCUGCGCGAUCUACUGUUCAGAGUGUGGGGACCAGGAACUCAACGUCUGGGCUGGUAUGUGCCCACGCUGCGGGAGAAGGGUGACUGAGCAGAUCCCCAUAAGAUGGGGCGGAUUUGAUGGGGAUUUCCGUGAGGUUUCAAAUGGCGAGGAGCCAGUCUUAUCACGCUCGAACAGUUAUGUAUGGCAGCAGAUCUCUGGGCUUUUAAGCAGUUGA